AUGAGCGGUGAUGGAUUGCCCCGCCGCCAGAAAAGGAGUUGCCGACGGAUACUUUGUGCUGUUAGGUCGGUACAAACAUUGCGUAUCCACUCCGUCCGCAUGCGAGGCCAAUUUGGCCGCAAGAUUGCCGCUUGUCGCAUGUACUCCCGCAACGGACAGACCGUUUCCUAA